UCUCAUUACCACGUGUGACCAGGAUCCAUCCUUACUGGAAACCAUCGUCACAGGGGGUGAGAAAUGGUGCUACUAGUUCGAUCCGGAGACCAAGCGGCAAUCAAUGGAAUGGCGUUCACUGUUUUCCCUGCGACCCUGCUGACUUCUUUCCGCUUCCCCGCCUGAAGAGCGCCAUGAAAGGCGCACGUUUUGUGGACGUGGCGGCAAUCCAAGGUUGUGUGUCAUCGAUUCCUGACAGUUUCCAGAAGCUUUAUGAACGUUGCCAAACGUGUGUUGUGAAGGAUGGCGAUUAUUUUGAAGGACAAUAAAGGUGCUUGCAGAAACAGAGGGUCCCCUACGUGACAAUUCAGCAGUAGAGGAGGUAAUCAUUGACAGAGGUAGACUCAGCUCCUUCUUUAUUGAAGACUCCAUCUAAAGCCAAGCAAGGUUUUAUGACUCCACCUCUUGCCCUGAGACUCAAACAGGAUAUAUGCAUCUAACCCAUGCCAACCUUGCACAGAGAUCUUCAGCCUCCUGGAAUGUAACUGACCUGUUAGUGGGAGCAAAGGAGGCUGUCAGAAGAAAGGAAUUUGCUAAAACAUUCUUUAGCCUUGCUCCAGCCCUGCACACAAACAGCAAUAAAGCACAAAGAGGUGGAGCACCUGCUUGCAAGGUACAUGCUGCCCUUGAUGCGAUGUUGUUGUACAGAUAAGCUUGUCUUCAAGGAACACUGUUGCCCGGGAACUUUCAGGAUCCACAUCUCCUCCGCAAGUUCAAGAAGUGGAGAUAUUUAAAAAUAGAUCUUGGAUUACAAAUUCAUAAUACUGUGAUACAUUGACAUCUAACAGAUUCCGGACCUUGCACAACACCUACAGAGUUGCUUGGAGACGUAUCGCCUGUGUUUGUAUAAUUGACUGUUAGAUUACGCCAAGGUGCUGGAGAGCAUGGACAUCCCUUUAGGUCAACCUACUAACAGAGGCUUCUCCAGAAGCAACGUUUUGCCAAAUAGAAAUUUUUAAGUGUUAGAACGAUUCCACAUUCCACUAGCCACAUGCAGGGGGCUCUAGGAGAAAACAAAGUUGCGGACAGUAAUGUGAAAAAAAUUCUUAUGUCCUGUCUGAAAGGGCAACAGGUCAUCAUCAAAAUGGAGGCCAUGAAGAUCAUACAGGCAGAGAAGUUCUCUGAAUGCCAGAACUCUCAGCCGCGGUACGGUCCUCCAUUACGGAGGGAGCCUACUCUAGUUGCCAAACGGGCCUGGCCUUCAGAAUCGGAAAUUAUCGUCAACCAGGCCUGCGGGGAGAUGUCCAGUCUAGAUGGCACUCCAGGCACUUUGGGGCUUCCCAGGACACCUCCUCCACCACGGCGUGAGAAGAUCUACCCUGGCCAACGGAAGGCGAGCACAGAGAUUUGUUACCAUCGCAAAACUCCGUCUGAUGAGGUCAUUGUAAACCAGUAUGUGCUGCAUCCGUCCACUCCUUGUGAGCCUUUAGAGUGUCCGACUUGUGGUCACAUGUACAAUUUCACCAACAAGAGGCCCCGUAUCUUGUCCUGUCUCCACUCUGUCUGUGAGGAAUGCCUUCAGAUCCUCUACGAAUCUUGUCCGAAGUACAAGUUUAUUUCCUGCCCCACCUGUAAAAGGGAAACGGUGCUCUUUACAGACUAUGGCCUAGCUGCCCUUGCUGUCAACACCAGCAUUCUCAACCGGCUACCAUCCGAAGCCCUCGCGGCCAACCCGGUGCAAUGGAGCAGCGAAGCUGACCGCAGCUGUUAUCAAACCUUCCGCCAGUACUGUGGUGCAGCAUGCAGCUGUCAGAUUCGUAAUCCACUCUCUUCCUGUUCAAUUAUGUAGCUAUUUGGCAAGCAGUAUUAUCUUGGAUAGUGCCGAAAGUGGAAUCCAAAGCUACUGGAUACAGGCAACCAACUUUCUCUCCAAAACUUUGUUACAUAUCGGUCAAAUAGACUUUGUGGUUGACAGUGAUAUCUAAACCAAUUUAGUUUACAUCUUUCAAUUCAUCUUGGUGAACUUGCUUCUCUUUGUAGUUUUGUCUGUCCCAACUCACCCUCUCUCGUUCUUUCUCUCUCUCUCUCGUCUUCCCAAGCCUUGACUUUUUUCCCUUCUUUUAUCUGUCUUUUUUCCUAACAACCUUUUCUAAGUGGCAAUGUACAUAGGCAUGGAUGGACGGGUAUAGACUGUGACUUGACCAUAUCAGUAAAAAGUCUCUUUUUCUGUAACCAGCUGUGUCACCUAAGCCCAGUACCAAGCACAACAUUUGGUGGCGUAAAAUGUCUGGUGUUAUCGGCUGAGGUUGUCCUGGAAUUCCCUCUACACCAGUAGGAAACACUGCUGUCACCUCUCUCUAUCUCUCUCUCUCUCUCUCUCUAUCUCUAUCUCUGUCAAAAUUGUUUUGCCAAAGCUUUUGUUUCAUUUGCUGACCAAGACAAAAACAAAUAUGAAAUAAUAAGAAAUGAUAUAUUUUAAAUUAUUGUAUGUAUUUGAAAAAGAUAAAAAAAAAAAUCAAAAAAAAAAAUCACUGCUCCGCAUUAACCACUUUGCAGGUCCUUCUUGCAUCAGUUUAACCUUUUCACCACUGGAGAGAUCUACAGUAGAUUGCAGCGCAAUAUAUUGGUGAUCUUUGCAGUGGAAAUUAAAAGGAAAGGUCGGUUUGUGACCAACGUGUUCUGAUGGGAGAAUCAGGGUGGGAGGAGUCAAUCUCUUGUUUCCGUUUAAGGGUAUGUCAUGUUUCUCUUUUUUGAAAGGAGCCCUGCUAUUUAAUAGCUUUGCUGACAAGAGACAACUGUUAUUGUAGCUAGUCUGAAAUAUCCAUCAACUGUAUAAAUGGCUACAAACACACUCA